AAGGCACCGCUGGUGAAAAGAAGAAAAGAUUAGAACACCGAAGACGAAGUGUCACGCGAAACAAUACAAUCAGCAGUUUCUCCAUGUUGUCACUUCGCAGACGACAGAUCAAGUCUGCUCUGCGGUCUAACUCCGCGUGGUUGCUACGACCUUUCUGUACGGCUUGGACCAGAAAUUAUCGACAUUAAGAAGUGUGCAUUGUGAAACUACUGAUUCUGUCAGGGCCACACUUCGCUCUGCAUUUCUGGCCAUGUGGCAAUAGUGAUGUUGACAGCUUCGGGAGAUCUCCACGUCAGCGCCCAAGAAGAUGGCUGUGAGGUUGUGUUAACUCACUUCGAUCUGCACGCUGUGAGACUGGUGUGUUGACGUCUGCUCGUCUUUGUGGGGAGAUCUGACUGCCUGGGGCCAUCUCGGACCGAACCGAACACUAUUCUGCCUUUAGCGACAGGAAAGGACUUCCCAAAGGCAUUUAUUUGUCAGUGGAGUGGCGGAAUGGCGGCUGAGACAUCUUUAAUAGACACUGUAAAACUCCGCUUCUUGGCGUGUAAACAUUCUCCAAAGUAUGUUGGGGUGGGUGUCGGGGUGGCCAGUGUCGUGUUAGGUCUGUCAGCGUGGUCUCUGAUAGCGUCAUCGAGUCGUAUGACGGAAUGUCCACCUGUACGGUCCAAGCCCGUCCCUGCCGGAGGAGAGAGUUCAGGGUCAGGAUCAGACCCUGCAGGGGGCGCCGGGUGCAACGCUGAAAGCUGCCCUUGGCAUUACGUGGUGUCCGACAUAGCGAACAGACUUCAUCUUCUGGAAAUGGCAUUCAAAGAACAGGUGGUGGCACGUGAAAUGAUCGCGCAGGAAGUCAGCAACCAGAGCGACUCCAACUCGGCGAUCGAGCAGAAGCUGGGGACGUUCCUAAGGCGUCUGGAGCAAGUGGAGAACAUGAUCAGGAUGCUAGAGACCAGGCAGCAGGAGCUGACCGCCAGGCUGCAUUCAGACGAGUUCGUCGGUUUCCUCAUCAUCCUCGCCAUCAUGGUGGAGGUCAUGUUGCGGGUGCGGCCGAAAGUAGGAGAGAUAAACCCCUGGGGACUGCGACAACGUAUGCGCUUGUCACCCAACAACCGUCCGAGGCCCACAUCGGAGCCAGCAGCGAUCUCGACUCCGACCUUGAUCAGCUCCACGGUGACGACGGCGCAGCCCCGGGCCGUGGCAGACAUGACCCGGCAGGAAGUUCACGAGAACAACAACGGAGGAGGGCCCCAGGUGGCAAAGCCACUCAGUAAUGGCGUGUCCUUCUCGCCGAAACAUGGUCUGUUUCUUCGACCGGAGCUCUGCAUCAUUGCCUUCAGGCGGGACAACCCUGCGCUGACCUCCUUCGUGGAUUCCACACUUCGCCACCUUGAUGACAUCAAAGUGAGCGUUAGACCCUACUACCUUGUGGAGAAUCACGACCACUUGCGCCACUGUCCUCGAACCCGCCUGUACCUCGUCAUCUUCGAGAUGGAGGAGCGUGUAGGCAGUAGUUCCAGGGGCCACGACUCCGACCUCAUCACUUCUACUGUCCGAUACAUCAAAUCUCUGGGAGCCAGCAUCAUCCUUGUGGUCACCAACGACGAGGGUUCGAAGAAGCUGACGGCGCAUGCCCUGUACAACACGCACCUGCGUCUGCUGCAGUCGCACGAGGCCUUCCAGGACCUGACCUCUACCGGCCGCGUCUUCUCCUCAUGGCGCGAGUUGACGUCCCACCAGCUCAGCCACAUGCGCAAAAUCGUCAAGACUGCUCUUAACCUGAAAACAGGCUUGAGGUGAAAGUAUGCCUGUUGAACUUCGGGGGGUGUGGGGGCCGGAAGGAGAUUGGAAAGACGUCGCCGUGGACGAGCAGAAUCAUUUUGCGAAUGGUCUACACGCUGGCAGACGAUUGGUGAAGCACGUCCAUUUCUACAAAUCCCCCAAACUUUCACUAGCCACACUCCAAAAUGAAGGCAACUCAGACACAGAAAACAUACACACUUGUCAAAACGUUAAUACAGGUUUUUAUGGUUGUACCGCCAGUCCAAAUGUUUCUGUAUACAUUUUAUGGUGCUGCUGAUUUUUGGCAUCAUAAUCCAAGGUAUCCUAUCUCAUUGGGGACUAGCAAGGUCGUGAAAAGGCAGACAUGAUGUAUUGCUAAUGUCAUGAGUGUCACAGCUUCAUGUUACACAUAUGGCCUGCAGCCGUUCCCACUGCGGUUUGAUAGCUUAGUCAAUUCUAGGCUGACAAGACAAGAAAAAUGGUUGAAUCUCAAGGCACUGAAGCUUUAAUAGUCUUUUUGAUCAAUAAUUGAAGACUAGGCGCCAGGUGUGACUCAAGUGAAUUUUUGCUUCAAGGCAGAGGUAAACAACCAUUUUCUCAUGUUCUGACCAUCAAAAGCACAAAUAAUGAAUAGGAUUUUUUUCUGAAUGCAAGGAAUAAAACAAACAUAUUGACAUUCAACAAAUUGUUUUAAACUUUCACCACCUUUUAUACUUUUUAUGUGAACAUAUUAACUGUGCCAGCCAAAUCUUGUUUCCAGCAGGGGAAAUCGUUUAGAUAUAGCAGAUGCUUGAAGUUUAAAUUCUUGUUCUGUGCAUGUGUUUGUACAAUGGCUACAUCAGCUAUAUUACUAAGACUGUUUCUAUUAAUAAUGUCUGUUGCUCGUUGAACAAUUGCUCAGUGCUGCUUUCUAGUCUGCUCUUUCCUGCAGAUAAUUCUUCCUCAAAGAAUAUGGCAAGCGAAAAAAUGUUUUCUGUAAAUUACUGGUUUGCUGUUGAUACAAUUAGCUGAAGAAGAACUAUCCAUCAUUGUUGUGAUAUGUUUGUGAUGACCAUUUGGCAACAAAAAAAAAAAUGUCAAGCUUUAUAAAGUUUUUUAUAAACUUGUUAUAAAAGGUUAUCAUUUCAAGAAAAUAUAAUAUUGAGUACGUGAAAAAAAAACUUCAUUUGGAAGACUUGUUUAAAAAUAAACAUUUUUUUGUCUUGUUUUUGAGGGGUGGACAAGGUAAAUUAGAACAUGUGUGAAGUUGAUUAGAAUUUGCACUCAAAAGUGAAAAUAUUUUUUAAUCAAAAGAAUAAAAUGUUUUCACUGGUAAUUAUUGUUACAUUUCUGAAUUAUUAUUUUAUCCUACACAGGAGAGUGAAAAAUGGAAAACAAAUUUAAAAUGGUCUAAAUUUUGUUUGGUACAUCUCUUAAUUUCUAAGUGAUUUAGCAAGUGACCAAUAAUUUGUUUCCUUUAAUUGAUCAGAAAGGUUUCAUUUAUUACAUAGUUGAAAUAUAGCAGAUGAUGAUGUAACAAAUUCUCUAAAAAAAUAUAAAAGAUGUUAACAGAGGGAAGAAAACCUAGCUACAAACUAAAUACACAGAAUUUCUAACUACAGGUGAGAGAUGAAUUCCAAAUUUCAGCUUUGAAAUGUGCCACAUGCAUACUUAACAAACAGCACCAAUGUAAAUUCUUUUAAAUGAAACAUUUGUUGAAGUACUAUUAAAAGAUAAUGCACUAUCCCGUUUAUGCAUAUUUUCACAUUCAUGUUUUUGUGAACACACACACAUACAGAGCAUAGCAAUGAAAUACUUCUCCAUGUAUACAACUAAAAGCAAGGAAGGAAAAGAGUUGAAUCUAAGUUUGUAUGGAGAAACUCAGCAAUAAUUUAAGUAAAAAAUUAUUUGACAAACUACAGAUGCUAUCACCGUCAGCCAACAAAAAAAAAAAAAAAAAAA